GAAUGAUGGCCAUAAGUGCGCAUGUCUGCCGUGGCUCUGGGGGAGCACACUAUAGUAAAUCUGUACAACAGCCACUACAUAGGACUGAGGGAGUCCCCCGGAGUAACAUCACGCUACAGCCGGAGGUCUCUCCUUUGUUUAUGGAGGAUUUGGACGAUUUACGCAGCAGUUACCCCCAUGCAGAGACUGGAUCCAAUCAUAUGAACGUCUCUUUGACUCCUAGAAGAUGGACAAGGUCAAAGAUGGGAUAACGGAGCGGAUACUACAGUUCACCCUGGAGAUCCUCCACUUGCUGACUGGGGAGGACUACACAGUAGUGAAGAAGUCUGCCAACUUGGUCACGCCCAGUGGUUCCUGUUUAUCAGGAGAAUGGAGCCGGACCCAGAGUCCCAUCACGGACCCUCCACCUCACUCACUGAUACAUGGGAGAGACAAUGAGCAGAAGAUCCUGGAACUCACCAACAAGAUCAUUCAGCUGCUGACUGGAGAGGUUCCUAUAAGGUGUCAGGAUGUCACUGUCUAUCUCUCCAUGGAGGAGUGGGAGUAUUUAGAGGGACACAAGGAUCUGUACAUGGACGCCUUAACGGAGGAUCGCUCUCUUGUCCUCUCAGCCGGUGGGCCUGUGGGCAGAGUUGCACCAGACGAUUGCGCAGCCAUCCGUGCAAAAGAAACAAAGACUAGUUUGAAAAAGCUUAAAAAACCAAGAAAAACUAAGAGAUUGGCAGGAGGGAAGCUGAAAUGUAUGACAAAAGUAAAUAGGUGUUCAGAUUCAUUCCUGAAAGGGCAACCAGUGGACACUAGUAUUUACACUGCUACUACUCACACGCAGACAGACAUUAAAGCUGCUCUUGUUAAAAAGGAAUCUCCACUUUUAUAUGGUGGAAAUCCUUCCGACACUAACCGCUCAGUGAAACGGCAUGCAAAAAAUGACUUUGAUGCCAUUAAGUCUGAGGAAGACUUCUUCUCCUGGGAAGACGAAACGCUAUCAGACUCGGAGACCCCGUAUACAUCUGACACUAUUGUAGAAGACUUAAACCUGCAAAAAAUUGAAAAAGAUGGUUCUGUGACUUGCAAGGAGUGCGGUAAGAACUGUAAAAGGAAAUCCGCCUUCAUAGCGCACUACAAAACUCACACCACACCUAGCAGCUAUACCUGCCCUCUUUGUGGGAGGUCUUUCUCCAAGAGGUCAAGGUUCAUCAUUCACCAGAGGAGUCACACAGGGGAAAAAUCCUUUUCCUGCUCCGAAUGUGAUAAAUCCUUCACCUGCAAGUCCUAUCUUGUCCGGCACCAGAGGAUUCAUACGGGAAAGAGGCCGUAUACAUGUGACGAAUGUGGGAGGCGGUUUUUCGGCAGCUCGCACCUUGCACGGCACCGGAGGUUGCACACGGGAGAGAAACCGUUCACAUGCCAGGAGUGCGGCAAGUCUUUCACGGACAAGGCCACCGUUCUCAAACACCAGCUUGUCCACACCGGAGAGCGGCCAUUUUGUUGCUCUGAAUGUGGAAAGUGCUUCGCAAGCAGAGGGAGUGUCAUUAUACACCAGCGCACUCACACGGGAGAGAAACCGUUCCCAUGUUCCGAGUGUGGAAGGUGCUUCUCUGACAAGUCGCAGCUUCUUAAACAUCGGAACACACACGCCGGGCAAAAGCCGUUUUCCUGCUCGGAAUGUGAGAGAAGUUUUGCCCGGAACUCGCACCUCAUCCGACACCAGCGGACGCACACUGGAGAACAGCCGUAUUCAUGCCUCGAGUGUGGAAAACGCUUCACCAAUAAAGUCAAUCUUGUCACGCACACCAGGUUUCAUACAGGGGAGAAGCCAUUUCCCUGUGCAGAAUGUGGAAAACGUUUUGUCUUCAAAGCCCAACUCAUCAUUCAUCAGAGGGUCCACACGGGUGAAAAACCUUUCGCUUGUACGUACUGUGAGGGGCGAUUUACCAAUAAGGCCAAUCUUGUUAAGCAUCUGAGGACUCAUACAGGGGAGAAACCUUUUCCUUGCACUGAAUGUGACAAAUGCUUCUCUCGCAGGUCUCAUCUAGCCCUACAUUUGGCGACUCACACUAAAGCUCUAAAAUAUUCUUGUGAGAAAUGUGGAAAAGGCUUUAAAUUUAAGGGUCCUUUAAACAGACACCUAAAAAAUCACGAUUGAUAGAAAAGAUUGUACUCUCCUUCAUGAAUGAUAUGUUUCAGUGGGACAAUGUAAAUUGUGUGUGUUCCUAUGGUUUAAUGUCUGAAGUAACCAUGGCCCUCAUUCCGAGUUGUUCGCUCGCAAGCUGCUUUUAGCAGCUUUGCACACGCUAAGCCGCCGCCUACUGGGAGUGAAUCUUAGCAUAGUAGAUUUGCGAACGAAAGAUUAGCAGAUUUGCGAAUAGACAGUUCUUAGCAGUUUCUGAGUAGCUCGAGACUUACUCUGCCACUGCGAUCAGUUCAGUCAGUUUCGUUCCUGGUUUGACGUCGCAAACACACCCAGCGUUCAUCCAGACACUCCCCCGUUUCUUCAGACACUCCCGCGUUUUUCCCAGAAACGGCAGCGUUUUUUCGCACACACCCAUAAAACGGCCAGUUUCCGCCCAGAAACACCCACUUCCUGUCAAUCACACUACGAUCACCAGAACGAAGAAAAAACCUCGUAAUGCCGUGAGUAAAAUACCUAACUUAAUAGCAAAUUUACUUGGCGCAGUCGCACUGCGGACAUUGCGCAUUAGUGACUAAUCGCUCCGUUGCGGAAAAAAAAUAACGAGCGAUCAACUCUGAAUGACCACCCAUGUCUCCUGCUCAUGACAGCAGCCAUCGUGUGGGCUACACCAGUAUUUGAGGUCAGUCUGUUUAUUAGGAGCAAGUGAUUUCACUGGCACAUUGUUCAUGUAAUAAUUGUACAUAUAAUGGAGGUUUGUUUAAAAAGAAUAGAUAUUUAGAAGAAUUUCUUAUGUGAGACUAUUAAAUGUAGUUAAUGGUCCAGUCACACUCGUGAAUCAUGAAAGUAACCAUUUCAAGUACAUGGCGCUGCAAACACAAGGACAAACGUCGCGUGCCAAUGAAUAUCGUUUUUACAUUAUUUGACUUUGGAAAUGUACAUAAAAUGAAUUCUAAAAUAUUUCUCAAAAUAAACCCAACCAAUAUGAAA